GGGUGAGUCUGUGUGUAUAUGUGUGUAGGGGGUUAUUAUGGGAUGUCUGCCCCCUGAUCUCUUUGUGUGUAUGCAAGGGGUGUUAGUGGGAGAGGGAGAGACGGCGACGUCGUACGGACCCUACACCGCUGAAAACCCUACAGCCUUAUAAUCAACAACAAAAGGAAGCACUUGGAGCUGUAUUUAACUGUUGCUGGACCAGGAGAUCACGGCGUGUGGAAAGAGUGGACUUGAAGACCGCCUCACAUUUUCUCUUUAUUUCAGUCAGCGGCUACACUCAAGUUGUAAGACUGAGUACGAGGAGUGAAGGAGUCGUGUAUUUUAGCCAGACCAGACGGUGAAAAUACACAAAGACUAUGUCUGGAAGUGAAGACGAUCGAGAUGAUUUCGGAACGACAGAAGAGCUGUCCAUGAUGCAAGAUGAUGACCUGGAGGAAGACUUGUCAGAGAAUGAAGCCCCUAAAGUGAAAAAGAAGAAGAAAGCCAAGAAGAGCAGCCGUGAGAGCAAAAGCAGCAAGAGGCAGCGCUCUCGUAGGGAGGAUAUCCCAAUUAGUUCCCCUGAGCCUGUAGAAGGGCAUGAUGUGGAUGAGGUGGAGGACGAUGGGCCUGGAGGGCGUUCUGACAGUGAGGGCAGUGACUACACGCCUGGCAGGAAGAAGAAAAAAAGAGCCAGCACCUCUAAAGACAAAAAGAGGAACAGUGCUGGUGCUGACAGGAGUUCCAGCUUGGCUGUGUCUAAGAGGAAGGAGCCUGAGGAAGAGGAGGAUGAAGAAGAUGACGACAGCUCUGAGCCGAAGACCUCCUCCCAGUUGCUGGAUGCCUGGGGCAUGGAGGACAUUGAUCACAUCUUUACUGAAGAGGACUACAGAGCUCUUACCAACUACAAGGCCUUCAGUCAGUUUGUCAGGCCUCUUAUUGCAGCAAAGAACCCAAAGAUUGCAGUCUCCAAAAUGAUGAUGGUACUUGGGGCAAAGUGGCGUGAAUUCAGCACUAACAAUCCCUUACGUGGCUCUGCCAGUGCCAAUGCUGCCCUGGCAGCUGCCAAUGUGGCUGCGGCUGUGGAGAGUAUGGUGGCAGCUGAGACUCCAGUCGUUGCCCCUGCAGCCACUCCGCUUGCUGAACCCCAACCCCCUCCAGCUCCUCCACUCCGCAAGGCCAAAACUAAAGAGGGCAAGGGUCCUAAUGCCCGCAGAAAGUCCAAACCAGCUCCCAAACCUCAGGAGAAGAAGGUGAAGACUAAGAAGGUUGCACCUCUAAAGAUCAAGUUGGGUGGCUUCAACAGCAAGAGAAAGCGCUCUUCUAGUGAAGAUGAUGAUAUGGAUGUAGACAGUGACUUUGACGAUGGCAGUAUCAACAGCGUCUCCGUGUCAGACAGCUCCAAUAGCCGUAGCAGCCGGUCCAAAAAGAAACCUAAGCCCAAGAAGAAGAAGAAAGUGGAUGAUGAUGCCGAUGGCUAUGAGACUGACCACCAAGACUAUUGUGAGGUGUGUCAGCAAGGAGGAGAGAUUAUCCUGUGCGAUACAUGUCCCAGAGCUUAUCACAUGGUCUGUCUGGAUCCCGAUAUGGAGAAAGCCCCUGAAGGCACUUGGAGCUGCCCGCACUGUGAGAAGGAGGGUAUUCAGUGGGAAGCACGUGAGGAGGCUUCAGAUGGUGAAGAAGAGAACGAUGCAGGUGGAGGUGAGGCAGAAGACGAUGACCACCACAUGGAGUUCUGUAGAGUGUGUAAGGAUGGAGGAGAGCUCCUGUGCUGUGACACCUGCCCCUCUUCGUACCACAUCCACUGCCUUAACCCACCCUUGCCUGAAAUUCCUAAUGGAGAGUGGAUAUGUCCACGUUGCACUUGUCCUUCAUUAAAGGGGAAAGUGCAGAAGAUCCUUACCUGGCGUUGGGGUGACCCACCACCACCCACUCCUGUUCCACGCCCACCUGACCUCCCAGCCAGUGCCCCGGACCCUACUCCAUUGGCUGGCCGCCCAGAGAGAGAAUUCUUCGUAAAGUGGCAGAACAUGUCCUAUUGGCACUGUUCCUGGGUGUCUGAGCUGCAGCUGGAGCUGCAUUGCCAGGUGAUGUUCAGAAAUUAUCAGCGCAAGAAUGACAUGGAUGAGCCCCCACCCAUAGACUUUGGAGGUGAAGGUGAUGAAGAUAAGAGUGAAAAAAGGAAGAACAAAGACCCCAUCUAUGCCCAGAUGGAAGAGAAGUAUUACCGUUUUGGCAUCAAAAUGGAGUGGAUGAUGAUUCACCGCAUCCUCAACCACAGCAUGGACAAGAAAAAUAACUGUCACUACCUCAUCAAAUGGAGAGACCUGCCAUAUGACCAGGCCACUUGGGAGUCAGAAGACAUGGAGGUUGCAGAAUAUGAGACAUACAAACUGCAGUACUGGAACCAUAGGGAGCUCAUGAUGGGAGAUGAAGGCAGACCAAACAAAAAACUGAAGGUCAAAGGAAAAAUGAAGCGACUGGACAGACCUCCAGACAACCCAGUUGUUGAUCCCACCAUUAAGUUUGAGCGCCAGCCAGAAUAUCUUGACUCAACUGGUGGCACGUUGCAUCCAUACCAGCUAGAAGGGCUGAACUGGCUGCGCUUCUCCUGGGCCCAGGGUACUGACACCAUCCUGGCCGAUGAGAUGGGCUUAGGGAAGACUGUACAGACUGCUGUCUUCCUUUACUCGCUCUACAAAGAGGGUCAUUCUAAAGGGCCAUUCCUGGUCAGUGCCCCUCUAUCUACCAUUAUUAACUGGGAGAGAGAGUUUGAGAUGUGGGCUCCCGACAUGUACGUAGUCACUUAUGUAGGUGACAAGGACAGCAGAGCUGUAAUCAGAGAGAACGAGUUCUCCUUCGAGGACAAUGCUAUCCGUGGAGGCAAAAAGGCUUCCAGGAUGAAGAAAGAGGCUUCAGUUAAGUUUCAUGUGCUGCUGACUUCCUAUGAGCUAAUCACUAUUGACAUGGCCAUCCUGGGAUCCAUUGACUGGGCCUGUCUUGUGGUGGAUGAAGCACACAGACUCAAAAAUAACCAGUCCAAGUUUUUCCGGGUGCUGAAUAACUACUCCCUUCAGCACAAAUUGCUGCUUACGGGAACACCUCUCCAAAACAACCUUGAAGAGCUCUUCCACCUACUUAACUUCCUUACACCAGAGAGAUUUAGCAAUCUGGAGGGCUUCCUUGAAGAAUUUGCUGAUAUUGCUAAAGAAGACCAGAUAAAGAAACUCCAUGACAUGCUGGGACCACACAUGCUCAGAAGACUAAAAGCUGAUGUGUUCAAGCACAUGCCCUCCAAGACUGAGCUCAUUGUCCGAGUAGAACUCAGUCCCAUGCAGAAGAAAUAUUACAAGUUCAUCCUUACCCGCAACUUUGAGGCCUUGAACACUCGAGGAGGUGGAAAUCAAGUGUCCUUACUUAAUGUGGUAAUGGACCUAAAGAAAUGUUGCAAUCACCCCUACCUUUUUCCUGUAGCUGCUAUGGAAGCACCCAAGAUGCCAAAUGGGAUGUAUGAUGGUAGUGCCCUCACAAAGUCUUCUGGGAAACUUCUGUUGCUUCACAAAAUGCUUCGUAAGCUGAAAGAGGGAGGGCACAGAGUACUUAUCUUUUCUCAGAUGACUAAAAUGUUGGACCUGCUGGAAGACUUCCUGGAGAAUGAGGGGUACAAGUAUGAACGUAUUGAUGGUGGUAUUACAGGGGCAAUGAGACAGGAAGCCAUUGACCGCUUCAAUGCUCCUGGUGCUGUUCAGUUUGUUUUCCUUCUAUCUACUAGAGCUGGAGGUUUGGGUAUUAACCUGGCCACAGCUGACACAGUUAUCAUCUAUGACUCGGACUGGAACCCUCACAAUGACAUUCAGGCCUUCAGCAGAGCUCACCGAAUUGGUCAGAACAAAAAGGUCAUGAUCUACCGCUUUGUCACCAAAGCCUCUGUCGAGGAACGAAUUACUCAGGUGGCCAAAAAGAAGAUGAUGCUGACCCACUUGGUGGUACGACCUGGCCUGGGCUCCAAAACAGGCUCCAUGUCUAAGCAAGAGCUGGAUGACAUUCUGAAAUUCGGCACAGAGGAACUGUUCAAGGAUGAUGGAGAAGGGGAGAACAAAGAGGAGGACAGCAGUGUGAUUCACUAUGAUGAUAAGGCCAUAGACCGGCUGCUGGACCGUAACCAGGAUGCUACAGAGGACACAGAGCUUCAGAGUAUGAAUGAGUAUCUGAGUUCCUUCAAAGUGGCUCAAUAUGUGGUCAAGGAUGAAGAUGAUGAGGAGGAGGAGGUGCAGAGAGAGAUCAUUAAGCAGGAGGAGAGUGUGGAUCCAGAUUAUUGGGAGAAGUUGCUUAGGCACCACUAUGAGCAGCAGCAGGAAGAUUUGGCUCGUAACCUCGGCAAGGGCAAGCGUAUCCGUAAACAAGUCAACUACAAUGAUGGAUCUCAGGAGGACAGAGACUGGCAGGAUGACCAGUCUGAUGGUCAGUCAGACUACUCUGUUGCCUCAGAAGAAGGAGAUGAGGACUUUGAUGAGCGGGCAGAAGCGAACUCCCGAAGACCUAAUAGAAAAGGACUCAGAAAUGACAAGGAUAAGCCUUUGCCCCCCCUGCUGGCCAGAGUGGGAGGCAACAUUGAGGUGUUGGGGUUCAAUGCACGCCAACGGAAGGCCUUCUUAAAUGCUGUAAUGCGAUAUGGAAUGCCACCCCAGGAUGCUUUCACCACCCAGUGGUUGGUUAGAGACCUACGAGGAAAAUCUGAAAAGGAGUUCAAGGCAUAUGUGUCACUUUUUAUGAGGCACUUGUGUGAGCCUGGUGCUGAUGGUGCAGAAACCUUCGCUGAUGGUGUGCCAAGAGAAGGACUGUCAAGGCAGCAUGUUCUUACUCGAAUUGGGGUGAUGUCACUGAUCCGCAAGAAGGUACAAGAAUUUGAGCAUGUGAAUGGUCAGUGGUCCAUGCCCUGGAUGAUGGAGCUGGAAGAAAAUAAAGUUGUGACUGCUGGUCACCCGGAUUCACCAGGGAAAACUCCUUCAACUGGCACUCCAGCUGACACACAGCCUAACACACCAGUUCCAGAAGAUUCCACCAAGACAGAAGAUGGAGGUAAGGAGACUGAAAAAGAGAAAGAAGGGAAGAAGGAUGCUGAGACUGAACAGCAGAACAAAAAGUCAGAAACAGAGGUCAUUGCUAUUCCUGAUGAUGAUGAGAAAAUACCCUCUCCUGCUGAACAGAAAGAAAAAGGAGAGAAUGAAUUUGCCUCUGCAUCCACUACAGAGACCGAGAAAACAGGUAGUGGAGAAGAGGAGAAAGAGAAGAAAAGUGGAGAAGCUGCUGAGCAAAGCAAGACAUCUGACGAGGCAAAGAGAGAAGAUUCUGAAACAAAAAUUGAUGACUCCACAAACAAAGAUGAAAAGAAAGAAGAUAAGAUGGAGAAGACUGAGACCACUCCAGCUACAGAUGAGAAGAAAGACCAAAAGGAUGAAAAGGAGUCUGGUAAGGUGGAAGAACCAGCGAAAUUACAAAAUGGUGAUGGUGGCAAAGAUGCCGUGGCAGCAGGAGCAAGUGAAGAGAAAAAGAAAGCAAAGACCCGUUUCAUGUUCAAUAUCGCGGAUGGAGGAUUUACUGAGUUGCACUCACUGUGGCAGAAUGAGGAGCGGGCAGCCACAGUUACUAAGAAAACCAAUGAGAUAUGGCAUCGCCGCCAUGACUACUGGCUUCUUGCUGGCAUUAUACAACAUGGUUACGCUCGGUGGCAGGAUAUUCAAAACGACGUAAAAUUUGCAAUCCUCAACGAACCCUUCAAGGGUGAGAUGAACAGAGGAAACUUUCUUGAGAUCAAAAACAAGUUCCUGGCCCGUAGAUUCAAGCUGCUAGAGCAGGCACUGGUGAUCGAGGAACAGCUACGAAGGGCAGCAUAUUUAAACAUGACAGAGGAUCCUUCUCAUCCCUCCAUGGCUCUGAACACACGCUUCAGCGAGGUGGAGUGCCUGGCUGAGUCUCAUCAGCACCUCAGCAAGGAGUCUAUGUCUGGCAACAAGCCUGCCAAUGCCGUCCUGCACAAAGUUCUGAAACAGCUUGAGGAGUUGCUGAGUGACAUGAAGGCAGAUGUCACCCGUCUCCCAGCAACCAUUGCCAGGAUACCGCCUGUUGCUGUGCGGUUGCAAAUGUCUGAAAGAAACAUUCUCAGCCGCUUGGCCAGCAGGGGCCCAGAGACACAGUCCCAGCAGGUAUCUCAGCAGUAACCUGCACAGGGUUUAAGCCCUACACUCAAGCACCACCCACCUCUACAUUCCUGACUGACACCUCAGAUGACAUCUCGCCUUAGCUUGAAGCCACACCCCUUUACCUACAAAUGGACAUGAGUCUGUAGGCAAAAAUAUGGAGUUUGUGGAAUCUGAAGCUAUUUUAUUUUCUUUUUUUAUUUCUUAUUUCUUCUUUAUUAAUAUUAUUGAUAUAAUGUUAUUAUGAUGGUUUUUGGGACCGAAAAUAAAAGAGUAAUAAAAAUCUUUGUCCCACUUUUACACA